UCCUAAUAAAUAUAAAGAGGACGUUUUCUGUUCCCUUUUUUCUUCCUGUGCAGAGAUGGAUAUGUAAGUGGCUUUAUGCAUCAUGUAGGUAGAAAAAUGAAAACCCAACUCUUUGUUACCUGUUAGCUCAGGCUACCACCUGUCACUCAAAGCAGGAACGCCCUUAAUCAUGAGUUUAAACCUUAAUAAUAAAUAAACAUUAACAAAUGUGUUACAAAGAAAAAAUACCUCCCAUGAACAUUGAAAUAAACUAUUAAGACUAAAAUCGUAUUUUGUACCAGGCUGUAAACAGGCUGUAACGUUGGGCUUUUUAACAUGGGGGUCUAUGGAGAUUUGCUCUCUUACUCCACUGGUUGGACAUAAAAGAAAUGGAUUUAGGAACAGGAAGGAAGAGACGGUCGCUAUCUGAAUGAGAAUGGGACACAUGGGAUUAAAUUCUACUUCACAUAUUACGGGAAAACAUCAUGAUGGAAAAUGUGAGAGUAGCAGAGAAGGAGAAACUAUACAACAUGUAAACAUGAAAUGUAAAAAAGUAUGAAAAGUAAAGAAGGAAACUAAAAAGGAAGAAGUGUUUGGUUUUAUAAUGUUGAGGAGUUCAUCAGGGGAUCGGAUCACCAGAUAUGUUCAGGAAUUUAAAGGAAACACAUUUAGAUAAAAGGGUUUGAGAUUUAUAAAGGUGUGUAUGUGUGUAUAUCUGUGUGUACUUUAUACUAAACAAAUAUUAGUUUGUAAACCGCUGCAGUUAUCAUCACUGACCACAGGGUGGCGGUUAUACACUGUUAUUGGAGAUGAACAGCAGUUUAUUACAUUUCCGCGUUUAUAGUUGACUCAGACCUGGAGGUUGAUGCCUGUUCUCAUCCAGCUGGAGUUUUAACCACAUGUGAAAUAAGAUGAAGAAGUUAGUUUUUCUGCUUCUCUUGUGUCAUGUUUCAUCAUCAGUGAAACACACCCUGAAAACUUACAUCACUGCAUCUGCUGGACUCACAAACCUACCAGAAUAUUUUUCUGAGAUAGUGGUUGAUGACAUUCAGGUGAUUUACUGCGAACGCAGCAAUGAGACUUUAGAGCUGAAACAGGACUGGAUGAAAAAAGUCUUUGACGACGAUCCUGAACAGUUGAACUUCUACAAUGAGCGGUGUUUUUCAGUGUGUCCUUUUCUGUUCCAGUCCUGGAUUUCUAGUUUGAAGGAACGCUUCAACCAAAGUGACGGUGUCCACAUCUUACAGGUUAUGAAAGGCUGUGAAUGGGACGAUGAGACUGGACAGGUUACUGGCUUCUGGCAGUACGGCUAUAACGGAGAACACUUAAUUUCAUUUGAUGUGAAGGCAGGGACAUGGAUCAUUCCGGAACCACAACCUGUCUUCACCAAAAUAAAAUGGAAUCCUGGGACAACAAGAAUAAAAUAUAACAUGUGGUUUCUCACUGAGAUGUUUCCUAAAUUACUGAAGACAUAUGUGGAGUAUGGGAACACCACUCUGAUGAGGAAAGACGUCCCCUCAGUGUCUCUCCUCCAGAAGACUCCCUCCUCUCCAGUCAGCUGCCACGCUACAGGUUUCUACCCUGACAGAGCCAUGAUGUUCUGGAGGAAAGAUGGAGAGGAGAUUCAUGAAGGAGUGGAACAUGGAGAGAUCCUCCCCAACCAUGAUGGAUCCUUCCAGAUGAAUGUUGACCUGGACAUUUCAUCAGUCUCACCUGAAGACUGGAGGAGGUACGACUGUGUGUUUCAUCUCUCUGGUGUGGAGGACGACAUCAUCACCGAACUGGAUGAAAUACAGAUCAGAACCAACUGGGAGAAGUCCAGUAACCAGACCCCCGCCACCACCAUCAUCAUCUCUGCAGUGGUUGUUGUUGUUGUUGUCGUCUUUGCAGCAGCUGCUGGAUUCAUGGUUCAUAGAAAGAAACAAGACCAAAAGGCUCCAUCUGACCUUACAGAUAGUGAAGAAACUCUGAGCUAUGAGAGACUGGAUCCAGGAACCUGAUGGAGUUGAUUCAUAACUCGUUAGUCUGUCAAACCAAACUCAGCAUCAUUUUCUGCUCUAUAAUGUUUUGAUGUCAUAGUUGAGAAGAUGUUUCACCUGCGACCAAAAUAUCAUUUUUAAUAUAUGCAUCCAAAACAGAAAAUAUAACAGUGGUAUAUUUAUUUACCUUUUUUCUAAUUAUAAAUGUAAUGUUGAUGAUGUUUAAAUGUGAGCUGACCUGAACUCUCACAGCAGUGACUUGUUCUCUUGCAGGUCAGUGUAUUGAUUGAACUUUAAUGUGUAUGAAGAUCCUAAUGAACAUGUUUAAAUGCUGAACCAAUCAUCUGAGCUGGUUUUAGUUCAUACUGUGAUUUAGGUUGACCUGACAGCUGACUGUGAGCAGCUCUAUCACUACUACUGUUCUUUUAGUUAAC